AUGUUCCUUGGUUACCCCCGAAGACAAACGUUGUAUGGAGAACCUCUCAAUCCUGAGGCGGAAAAGGCUUGGGACGAAUUGAUGCCGAUUGGACGAGGCUUCGUGAAUAUCAACAAUGACACAGCACUUCCCGACCAGCCUGGUCUGGAUCAAUCUCUCCCCCAACAACGCGCAAUGAUUUCCGUGUUUCACCAGCUCCACUGCAUUUAUAUGACCCGAGAGGGCUACUACGCCGCUCGAGAAGGGAACCUCGACCAAGUAAAUGCAGCGCAUCUCAUGCAUUGCUGGGACUACCUGAGACAGGCUAUCAUGUGUCACGCGGACACGACUCUAGAAUGGAUUCCUGCGCCUCCGAAUGACAAGGGAAGUACGGGAUGGGGCGUUGAGCAUACGUGUGGUGAUUUCGAUGCUAUUGCUCGAUGGGCCGAGGACAAUAGGUUGAAGACGACGUAUGGGAUUCAUUAA